AUGAGCGGGAAGCUGCCCAACGGCUUCAGGGAGCACUCCUUCCUCAGCAAGCCCGAGGCGGCGGAGCUCAACGCCUCACGCCUCCUCGUCACGAUCUGCCAGGAUGCGGAGGAGGGCUGCGCGGCAGGCGACGCGGCGGCAGAGGUCCAAGACGGAGGGGUCCGACUGGUCCGACUGCGGAGCCUGGAGCAGCUACGAGUCGCGCUGUCUGGUGCCCUUGAGAAGCACAAGCUCCUGCACUUCACGGGAGGGAUGGGGAGGGCCCUGAUCCUCAGCCCCGAGGAGGUGGAGCGCUUUGGCAGCAGGCUCAACUCCUUCACCAGCAUCCACUGCUGCGUCAAGGCACCCGUCGGCCACAUCUGGUACGACCUGUUCUGGGAUAUCCCCGGCCACACCGACCGGCACCAGCGCACGCAGCAGGGGGAGAUGAGCGGGAAGCUGCCCAACGGCUUCAGGGAGCACUCCUUCCUCAGCAAGCCCGAGGCGGCGGAGCUCAACGCCUCACGCCUCCUCGUCACGAUCUGCCAGGAUGCGGAGGAGGGCUGCGCGGCAGGCGACGCGGCGGCAGAGGUCCAAGACGGAGGGGUCCGACUGCAGCCUGGACGGAGCCUGGAGCAGCUACGAGUCGCGCUGUCUGGUGCCCUUGAGAAGCACAAGCUCCUGCACUUCACGGGAGGGAUGGGGAGGGCCCUGAUCCUCAGCCCCGAGGAGGUGGAGCGCUUUGGCAGCAGGCUCAACUCCUUCACCAGCAUCCACUGCUGCGUCAAGGCACCCGUCGGCCACAUCUGGUACGACCUGUUCUGGGAUAUCCCCGGCCACACCGACCGGCACCAGCGCACGCAGCAGGGGGAGUGGAAGCCACAGCUAGGGCCCUGA